AUGGCGACCGCGGCAGCAUGGAUGUACCAGGAGGUGAACGCAGUCAUCCAGAGACUCACGAAAGACGGGUACUCACUGGAGGUGACGGGUCAUUCGCUGGGUGGCGGUGUGGCGGCAUUGCUGACCAAGAUCUUUGCCGAGGAAUGUACUCCGACUGUCAAAGGAGUUGUCUACGCCGCUCCGCCAG